CACACAAUCGUGAUACUUUUUCAUAUUUAUUAUGGGCGGUCAGGCUAUCGACGUGGAUCAAGCAUCUGCUAGACAAGCGAUGCAUAGUGCAAGCCAAAAGCCUGUCAAGCGCAACAAUGUCGGAAUCCAUGCUUUUAGCUGCACAGCGCCCGUAGAGGGGCUACCCGCACGCAAUCAUGGCUGCGGGAGUCCAACUUCGGCAGCAUUACUGGACGACAUCGCAUGCGGCCUUGCGUCCCACGGCGACUCGCUAUUCUUUACGGGAGGAGCAGUGUUUCUUUGCCUUCUCAACUUUAUUCUUGGGUUUGCUCCUGCGUUAUGUCCGCUACUUUAUCUCUUAUUCGCGGCGGUCUGCCUGCCAUAUCGCGUGGUCAACUUUACAAAGCGCAAGUGGACCUUCUUCCUUGUGGACUUCUGCUAUUUCGCCAACAUAGCGUGCUGCACCUUCCUGAUUCUUCGCCCCGAAGACCCGCGGCUGGAGGCGGCGGUGUACGUGCUGUGCGAGGGCCCUCUGGCCGCCGCCCUCAUCGCCUGGCAGUGCGCCUGGCUGCUGGGCUCCCCAGACCACGCCAUCAGCGUCCUGAUUCACCAGCUGCCCGGUCUGGCGCUCUUCUGCCACCGCUUCCUGGCGCACACCCGCCGGCCGCUGCUGCUGCUGACCCAGAUCGCAUCCGCACUGCUGUCGCCACAGCCCACCUCACCCCAGGACGGAGCCACGCGACUGGCGCUUGCAAUCGGGGUCGCGCGGGGGCGAGUCACGUGCCCCGCAGGCGCCGGCGAUACCUGCCUGACUGCUGCAGAUAGCAGCGGCAGCAGCGGCGGGGACGGUGUUGGUGUUGAAGGAAUUACGGCGGGUGCAGCAACAGCAGGUGUGUGUGAAUGAAUGAUCGUUACAAUGGUGCCCUAAAAGGGAACACGGGUGAUGAACCCAACCCUACAUUGCAAAAGAAACGGAACAAACCGUAGAGACAGCACCACAACAGGCCAACAAGAUGGGAGACAUAGCCCUAAAAGAAACCUCAGG